AUGCUUGCGCGCUCCAAGGAAUGGUCCCGCUAUGUCCAAUGCGAUACUGCCGUUUGCACGAGCGACGUCGAGGAAGUGGUUGAGCGCGUCGCAACAAUGAAUGCGACAGCGAGGAAGAGCCGUAGUGGGUGGAGGAUGGAUGAGGGCGAGCGAGCCGGCUGCGGGUCUCAGCGGGAGAAAUGGGAAAUGCCUAGCUCGUUGCCACUUGUGGUUACGGCAAGAAACGCACGGAUGCUGCAACUCGACUCGUGGGUCUACGGAUUCAUGUACAUGCCCUGUAGUGAAAACGACGACGAGAUCGUGGAUACUGCAUGUCAUCGACAGCUAUCAGACUCGACUCUAGCAGUCGGUCGCCGUACUCUCGUGUACACUCGGUUAACAGUGAUCCGCGGCCAGCAGGUCCUUGACCGUAAUCGUCUGCCUAUUCCCGUUCUCAUCGAUAGCAUGGCCUUGAGGCGAGCGAGCAGCGUGGCCGGCGCUUACCCGUACAGCACUCGUGGAGGCCAUAUGCACGAACAGCUUCCCCAGCGUUGA